AUGCCUCGCCCCGGGGGGAGCGCCAGGGCGGCCGCGGGUUCCGCUUCCGGGCCGGCAUUUUGCCCGCGUCCCGGGCGGGAAAUGUCGGCGCCGCCGGGGCCGCCGCCCGGCCCGGGCCCGGCCAUGGAUGCAGAGGGAGCGGCGGCGGCGCGGCGGGACCCGCGGGUGCGGUGCUGCUCGCGGCCCAGGCUGCGGGCCGUGAUGGAGCUGUGCGCGCCCUUGGUGCGGGCCGUGAUGGAGGGACAGCCCGGCGGGGACGCCACCGAGGGAGACGCGGUCUGGAACUUCGAGACGGCGCUGCGGGAGAACGUGACCAUCAACGGGCAGCCCUGGGAGGAGGCCACGGAUGAGCCCAGCCCGCCGAGCGGUUCCGACGUUAAAAUUCUCGAAGAUCAGUUUGAUGAACUAAUAGUAGAGACAGCAACAAAGCGUAAACAGUGGCCUAAAAAGAUACUGGUGCAUGCUAUCCAAACCAUGAAAGCUGAGCAAGAGAUGUUGAAGCUCUACAAGCCCGUGGUAACACCAGAAGAGAUAAGAUCUCAGCCUUCUCAAGAUGCUCACAUCGCAGAUCUGAAGCAGGUGGCAGAAAUGGUGUCCAAACAGAUCAGUGCAGCAAUGAAGUCUCUUCCAGCACUCACAGAAAGAGCUGAAGGUCUUUCCCAAGUGUUAACUUGGCAACCAACCUUGGAACUCUGCAAGCUGCGGCAAGAAAUCUUUGCUGGUGGCAAGGCAAAGGAGGAAAAUAAUGUCCAAAAUUUUGUACCACCAGGAGAAGUCACACCAACAGACACUGACACCAGUAAAAAUCCUUAUAUUCUCCUAAAAAGAAGGAAAGCUGCUGAUUCACCAGAAAGAAAGCGCUACCCACUUCGACGGAGGAAGAUUACUCUCCGCUCAUGAAUUUCUCAUUUCGUAUUUUCAGUUUGGAAUCUCUUAUUCCGUUUGCUCUAUCGUUUCUCUUAAAACUCGUCUCCUCUCAGUGCUGUAUAUGGGAGCUUCCUUAAUUAAUCUCACUCCUUUGUGUUUUGUAUCCUUCAGUAUUUUUUUUACUGUCGUGCUGAUGGUAUAUGAAAACCUAUGCAUACCAGUAGCGUCCAAUAUUAAGCAAGUGUGUUUGCCUUUUAACUCUCAUUUUUUUGCUCUUGUGUUGCAGCACUUAGUCCUUGCGUUUCUCUGAGUUCAUGUGCAUGUUUUAUGUACGUGGGCAGCCUUUAGGAAACCACUGAAUGCUCAUUUACAUUCAGCAUGCUUCUGAAGAGGUUGGAGAAUGUUUAGUUCUCCUAAUGCACCUUCACACUGAGUCGUGUGGCUUUUAUUUUAAUAAAUGAAUUCACACUGGACCAUAUUGAAAAAACCAGAUCUGAUAGGAUAUUAGAGUUUUUAGAAAAUCCAUGCUCAAAUGUGACAUUGGUCCCUGCUAUUCUGCCUUUCCUCAAUAUAGGUUAUAUAGACUUAUUUAUAGUCAUGUUUGUUUAAACUUGGAUUUUUAGUAAUUGUAUGUAUUUACUUGCAGUGUGCUCUUCUAAAUAGGAAUUCGACCAUCAACAUCUUAGGAUCUGAUGUUUCAUUUCAUGUAAUCCAAUUAUACAGUCUGGGGGUUUCCUGGACAGUAUUUCUGUACAGGAUCUUGACUUGGGUCGUGUAUGCAUUUCUGAUGUUUGACUAAACUCUAAAGUACAGGGUACCAGUAAAUGGUAUUCAGUUCAGCUUGCUCACUUUUGUUUUCUUUACCCAUUAGUACCUAGAGGAUUGCACAGUAUUACUAGAUUGAGCAUUGUGCCUUAACUAUUUAUAACCUUUUCUGGUUUAUAGUUUCACGUGCUUGCAGUAAAUACUGAUGUCUGAUACGUAACAUUCCUUCCACGGUAAGUGGAGGGGGUUUUUAGGUGCUUUAAUUAUGACAUGUGUGGUAAGAGGAUAGGUCCAACUUAAUGUUUGAGAGACUGAAAAUUCUCAAUAGAACAUAACAGAUUUUAGCAUCAUUUAUUUUGUAAAGGAGAGCAUCUCAGCCAAGACUUUGUAUAUGUAAUCAUAUGUAAAUAUUUUUCCUGUCAUUCCUGUAAAUACAAAUUGUGUUUUUAUAUGAAGUAAAUAAAAUCAAUUGAGAAA